CACGACAUGAGAAAUAAAGAGUGAAAAGACACGAAACAGUGUGGGAAAGAAACCACCUGGGAGGGAGCUGGGAUGGAAGGCAGAGCAGCAGCAAUGAUCAGCCGCAACUUUAAGAAUGUGUUGGUGGUCUCUGUCGGGUUUCUGUUUCUGUUCACGGCUUACGGAGGGCUGCAGAGUUUACAGAGCAGCCUGAAUGCAGAGCAGGGGAUGGGCGUGGCGUCUCUGAGCGUCAUCUACGCCUCCAUCAUCGUCUCCUCCAUGUUCCUGCCUCCCAUCAUGAUCAAAAACCUGGGCUGUAAAUGGACCAUCGUCGCGGGCAUGGCCUGCUACGUGUCCUACUCCUUUGGAAACCUCUACCCCGGAUGGUACACCCUCAUGCCCACCUCUGUGAUCCUGGGUCUGGGGGGCUCCCCCCUGUGGUCGGCUAAAUGCACCUACCUGACCAUCGCCGGGAACACGCAGGCCGCCAAGGACGGCAAGAAAGGAUCCGACGUCAUCAACCAGUACUUUGGCAUCUUCUUUUUCAUCUUCCAGUCGUCCGCUGUGUGGGGAAACCUCAUGUCGUCGCUCAUCUUUGGACAGGACACCAGCAUAGCUUCCAUCCCAGAAGAGCAGCUGCAGUCUUGUGGAGCGGCGGACUGCGGCCUCAAUAUCAGCGUGAACGGCACGUCCACCAGACCUGCUCAGACACUGGUGUGGACCCUCGUCGGAUGUUACAUUGGCGUGGGCGUGCUGGCCAUGAUCAUUGUGGCGGUGUUUCUGGACAAUAUUGACAGGGAGCAGUCCAGCCAGUUCCGUGGGAACCGGGAGCCGUUCUGCCAAACCUUCCUGGCUACGUUCAGGCUGCUGAAAGACUGGAGGCUUUUGACCCUCAUCCCUCUCACCAUGUACAGCGGCUUCGAACAGAGCUUCCUCUCUGGGGAGUACACCAAGAACUAUGUAACGUGUGCCUUGGGGAUCCACUAUGUCGGCUUCGUGAUGAUGUGCUUUGGAGCCAGCAAUUCUCUUUGCUCCUUUCUGUUUGGGAGACUCGCUCGGUACACCGGGAGAGCAGGGCUCUUCUUCAUCGCUGCAGUGGCCAACUUCGCCUGUAUCAUAGCUCUCAUGUUCUGGAGGCCCCAUCCCGACGACCUUUGGGUCUUUUUUGUGUUUCCUGCUCUGUGGGGUAUGGCGGACGCCAUCUGGCAAACCCAGACCAACUCUCUUUACGGGAUCCUCUUCCCCCGGGAAAAAGAGGCUGCAUUCGCCAACUACCGUAUGUGGGAGUCACUGGGCUUUGUUAUUGCCUUCGCUUACAGCACCUUCAUAUGUCUGGAGUAUAAACUGUACAUCCUGCUGGCAGUUCUGCUGCUGACCACCAUCACUUACCCCAUAGUGGAGUACCACGAACACAAGCAUCCCACGCUGCCCAUUGAGGAGGGGAGCUACCUAACUCACAAUAUGAAAACCAUUGAAAAAGACGAAUCCAAGAUUGUUUGCCAGACAGCGAUGUAG